AUGCCUCGCACAGAUAAGGAGUCGGCUGCCGAGUCGGGGAAGGGUGGCCAGGACCGGGGCUCCGCCAGGCCAGAGGACUUGGACUCCGACGAUUCCUCACUGGACGUCGGAGGAGACUCAGGGUCGUGCUGGAGGGGGACGAGGACGAAGACGACGUCCCCCUGGUCUUCAAGGAAGAGGGGGCAGGCCAGUACUUCGCCGGCGGCCCCGGCCAAGAAACCCCGCCCGACGUCGGGCGGCGGUGACAAGGACGCCGCUGAUGUGGCUGUUACUGCGGCGGCAGCUGCCGCUAGGGACACAAGGGUCCCCGACCCGAGCUUGCAGGGCACCGGCCCGACAAGAGGUGUUCUUCGUGCAGUAGCCGGGGAUGUCCGAGCUGCGCCCGCGCCCAACGAGGUGCGGGAAAUCAACGUCACCGGCGAGGUCGACGAUGAUGCUCCGGAGGAGGUUGCCUCAGCGGGGGACGCGACUGCUGCCGCAGGGAGCGCCACGCAGACGGCGCCAUCUGCGGCAAGUGACAUGGGGCAGCCUCUGCCGGCCGAGGCAUGCAGCAGCGCCCUGGAGAAGCCCCUGAGCCCCCAGCCCGCCCCUUUGCGCCUCUGUCGCGAGGUCGGAGAGCUAGAGACGGUGGCUGCGACGGCAGCCGAAUCGUCAGCGCGCCUGGAGAAGGAGCUGCAAGACCAGGCUCGUUCCCGGGAGUGCGAGCUGGCGGGGCAGCUCAAGGCCGCCCAGGAUGCUGGCUCGUCCCUUCAGGGCGAGUGUGACAUGGCGCAGCAGGAGCUCUGGUUCAUCGACGAGGACAACACCAAUAAGGCGUCCGAGAUCGAUGAAGAAGAGGCCAAGACCCAUUGGGAAGCGGUACAAGGCGUGGUGGAUGAGAUGGUGGCGCGGAUGCAGAGCAAGGCUGAUGAAGCUUAA